GCCACACUAUAAAUAAAACACCGAACACUUGGAUCUUUAUUGACACAAAUGGCUCUCUUUAUUUGCUUCUUAUCCCUUCUUCUCUUUUCUUCUGCUACCGCUUGUGAUCGUUGCCUGUACCAAUCCAAGGCUGCUUAUUUCUCCAAAGCCAAUGCACUUUCAUCUGGAGCUUGUGGAUAUGGUUCCUUGGCAUUAGGCUUAAGUGGUGGCCACCUUGCGGCUGGUGUUUCCUCUCUUUACAAAGAUGGAGCUGGUUGUGGUGCCUGCUUUCAGAUAAGGUGCAAUAAUUCAACACUAUGUAGUAGUAAAGGGACAAACGUGACAAUAACUGAUAUCAAUCACAAUAAUCAAACAGGUUUUGUGCUUAGCACAAGAGCUUUCAUGGCCAUGGCUAACCAUGGUAUGGGCCAACACAUAUUGAAACUUGGAACUGUAGAAGUUGAAUAUAAAAGGAUACCUUGUGAAUACAAAAACCAAAACUUAGCUGUUAGAGUUGAAGAAUCAAGCCAAAAACCAAAUUAUUUGGCAAUUAAAUUGCUGUACCAGGGAGGCCAAACAGAGAUUGUAGCCAUUGAUGUAGCUCAGGUUGGUUCUUCAAAUUGGAAUUUCAUGAAAAGAAACCAUGGGGCAGUGUGGGAUACAAGUCGGGCUCCAAAUGGUGCAUUGCAGUUUAGAUUUGUGGUAACAUCUGGAUAUGAUGGGAAGUGGAUUUGGGCUAAAACUGUGCUUCCAGCUGAUUGGAAAAGUGGAGUUGUUUAUGAUUCCGGGGUUCAAAUCAAUGACAUUGCAAAAGAAGGUUGCUUUCACUGUGAUUACAGCCAUUGGUGAUGGUGAUAAAGAUGUUAUUUUUUUGUUUAAGUCUUUGUGUGAAUACACAUGGUUUAAUAUGGUCAACAUAUAUAGUGAAAUUUGAAUAAUUUAGAAGAUUAUAAAAAAAUUAUGAGUUUUUCGGA